GACCUGAAGAGUGGAAAGCAGAAUUCUCUGCCUGCGGUGGGGACAAACAAUCGCCAAUCAACAUCUUUAAGGGAGACGUACAGCUGGAGUCUACCUUAGCCAAGCAGCCCCUGCGGUUCCAAAACUAUGACACAGUCAAAGGCGUGUCAAUGACUUUGGAGAACAAUGGACAUGCAGCUGUUGUGAGUCUAGCAGGUAAAACACCGGUGACCGUGACAGGCGGCGGGCUUCCCUCAGGUGUCUUUCGAGCGCUGCAAUUCCACUUUCACUGGGGAAGCGGCUCUGAAACCGGAUCCGAACAUUUAAUUAGCUCACGUGCCUAUCCUAUGGAGUUGCACAUCGUUCAUUUCAACACAAAAUAUAAAAAUGUGUCCGUCGCAAUCAAAUACCCGGAUGGUCUGGCUGUUCUGGGAUUUAUGUAUGAGGUGAGUAUUUAUCUGGCUCUUUCUGUUUCUUUUGUCCUACUGCAUGUGCCGUAA